GCAGCCCCCCACCCCGUUCAAUCCACUGAGCUACACCAGCCGGGAUCAGAUGCUAAAUUUGAAUUCAUUAUCAUCUUCAUGAGUUACACAAUAUCAUUCUUCUGAAUUUUUUUCAAUCACUCAAACGCUGGAGGCUUGUGAGCCCUACAAAAUUAGGUGGUGGACAGGAUUUGACCUCCAGGCCUAGUUUGCCAGUAUGUUUCAGAAAAAUUCCUUAAAAAAAAAGUCUAUGAAGUACACAUACACUUUCUUUGUAUUUUUUAAAAAUGUAUUGGUUUGAGAGGGAGAGAGAGAAAAACACCGAUUUGUUGUUUCCUCUUAUACAUGCAUUCAUGGGCUGCUUCUUGCAUGUUACCCUGACAAGAGAUAGAUGGUGCAACGUUGGACCAUGCUCUAAACAACUGAGCUGCUGGCCGGGGCUCACACACACCAUUCUUGUGGAUUACCGUCUCUGCUAAUUGCGUGGAAAAGGUGCACACAAAAUAUUCAUUAAUAUGCUGACUUAUGCCACUGCUACAUCAGUCCCCGUGGACCAGAAGCCCAUUUAUCCAGUGAAUAAGAUACAGUUAGGCGGUACUAACAAAAUAACACAACCCCAGGGAUAUGAAAUUGGCUAGUGGCAGGGUUCCGCAGAGCGAGGGCACCUCCCUCACUAGUCAGACCCCAGGCCUCCCUCACUGGCGUGGCCGCUCCAGGCUCGGCCUCUCCGGUGGCUGCAGGACCGCGCAGACGCACAGCUUCCGCCUUCCUCCAAUCUCGACCCUCGACGCGUUCCGUUCGUGCGUGGAGGAACCGGGCGGGCGGAGAGGCAUCUCCGUGGGCCAGGGCUGCGGGGUGUGGAGCGGGUCGGCCCAGCGACGGCGCGGAUGGAGGACUCGCAGGUGUUCUGCGUGGCCGAGGAGCGCAGCGGCCACUGCGCCGUGGUGGACGGAAACUUCCUCUACGUGUGGGGGGGCUACGUGUCUAUUGAAGACAAUGAAGUAUAUUUGCCUAAUGAUGAAAUUUGGACCUAUGAUAUUGAUAGUGGGUUGUGGACAAUGCACCUCAUGGAAGGAGAACUCCCUACCUCCAUGUCAGGAAGUUGUGGUGCUUGCAUUAAUGGAAAGAUGUACAUUUUUGGAGGAUAUGAUGACAAAGGAUACAGCAAUCGACUUUAUUUUGUUAAUUUGCGAACCAGAGAUGGAACCUAUAUUUGGGAAAAAAUCACCAAGUUUGAAGGAAAACCACCCACACCACGUGAUAAACUUUCUUGCUGGGUAUAUAAAGACAGAUUAAUAUAUUUUGGUGGCUAUGGGUGUAGGAGACACAAUGAACUCCAAGACUGUUUUGAUGUUCAUGAUGCAUCUUGGGAAGAGCAGAUAUUCUGGGGAUGGCAUAAUGAUGUUCAUGUAUUUGACACAAAGACAAAGAGUUGGCUUCAACCAGAAAUUAAAGGUGGAGUUCCCCCACAGCCACGGGCCGCGCAUACCUGUGCAGUUCUUGGAAAUAAGGGCUAUAUCUUUGGUGGACGUGUUUUGCAAACUAGGAUGAAUGAUUUGCAUUACCUGAACUUAGAUACCUGGACUUGGUCUGGAAGGAUUUCAAUUAAUGGAGAAAACCCUAAACAUCGAUCAUGGCAUACUUUAACACCAAUAGCUGAUGAUAAACUUUUCCUGUUUGGUGGACUAAGUGCGGACAAUAUUCCAUUAAGUGAUGGUUGGAUUCAUAAUGUCAUAACAAAUUGUUGGAAACAACUGACACAUUUACCUAAAACAAGACCCAGGUUAUGGCACACUGCCUGUUUGGGAAAAGAAAAUGAAAUAAUGGUAUUUGGUGGGAGCAAAGAUGAUUUACUUUCCUUGGAUACAGGUCACUGUAAUGAUUUAUUGAUCUUUCAAACACAACCUUAUUCACUACUCAGGUUAUGCCUUGAUUGCAUUGGUAAAAAUGCUAUAAUUUUAGAAAGUCAAAUAUCUUUAUUACCUCCUAAACUUCUGCAACAAGUACUCAAAAAAAUCACAUUUUGGACUGCAGCUAAGCACCGAGACGAACAAAGAGCCCAAAAAGAAGAAACAGAAAAUAAGUGUCAGUGGAUCAGUAGGAAUUAAAUUGUUAUAUAUUCUCUAUAUUUAGUGUGUUUAAACAUUUAAAUCAGACUGUAUAUUUACACCCCAAACUGGAGUCUUUCUUUAGAAGAUAAAAUUCGAAACAAAAAUGCUAUGUUAAAGUGAUUACAUGGCAUAGGAUAUAUGGGAAUGAGAUGUUAAUGACAGAUUAAUUUAUAUUUCUAAAAUAAAUUCCUUAUAAACUGCAGAAAAAGUAUACUUUCUGAAAGUAAGGACAAUUGCAGGAGACUUAAGUCAUUGUGUAUUCACUACUGGAAAGAUUAUACAAAUUUGAGGAGAAUAAGAAAUUACUCAAGGACUUUAGAAAUCAUAAUGAUAUAUAAAUUAAUGAUAAUGAUACAUACAUAAAAACACAACAAAUCAACUUUUAGAAAGAACAGAUUUUCUCAAGUCACUUAAAAAUUUUUAAGUCUUCUCAUUAAAUAACUGUUAUUUAACACCUUAAAUAACAUCUCCUAAUACAGCUGGCCCAAUUAUAAAAUAGGCAAACACUGGUGUGGUAGUAAAUGCGGAGUGCCUGCCCUUCUGGCACUCAUCUAGGAACGCAGCCUCAGGCAUCAGCACAGCUUUCCCCUUUUCUUUCUGUAGGUUUUCUUCGACCUUUAUUUGGGUACGGAAAUAAAUGUAUUCAAUUGCUUUCCAUUACCCCUAAUUUAUUAGUUUGUCUAAACUAAUAUAUAAAUACCUAGCUAUAUAUAUUUAUAAAGACUAAUACACUAUAUAUGUCUAUAGUCUAUUAGUCUAUAGUCUCUCUAUAUAUUAGUCUAUAUAUAUAAAGACCAUGUUUUAAAGUUUCUAAAAUGGAGGUUUAUUUGUCAUACAGGCUUUGAAUUGUUGAGGGGGAGUAUAUUUAUUAAUUGAUGAGACAUUAAAAUAUAUUUUGCCUUGAAGAGUGCUUCUACAGUAAUUUUCAUAAAUAAUGAAAUGGAAUGGUAAUGUAGUAAUUUGCCUUUAUUGAAACCCCUCAAUUUGGCCCACCCCAUUCUACAAAGUCGAUGCUUAAAGAUAUUGAAAAUGUGUUAUGUUCCUAUUUAUUUUCAAUAUUAACUGCCUAUACAGAAAUAAAACACUGUACCUUUAUAUUCUUUAAGAGUAAUUUUGCCAUAAUUAAGAAAUUGUGCAUAUUAUCAGUCAUAUCCUUCCACUGAAUAACAAUGUAUUACUAAAAGGCUUGGUAUAUAAAACUACUUUCCACAAUACCACUAUGCAAAUUAUCUCUGAAAUUUAAAAUGAGAGCAAAUAUUGAGAUAUAUGUGUAAUUUAUAAUGAAAAUUAUAGUAGUUUGAAGUGUCUCAAACUUCAUACAUUUUAGAGAUAUAUUUUACAUAUAUGUAUUGUAUUUUGGAUGUGUAAAGCUUCUAUUUAUGUACUGAAAUAUUUUUGUUUAUAUUUUAUUUAUUAUACAGACUAUGUAGAUUUACUAUUUUCCCAGUUUUGUUAGUGUGAACCAACCAUUAGAGUUGAUUGUACAAACAUUAUUUCAGUGUAAAUUUUCAUUUUUCUUACUAUUUUUAGGCUGAAUAAAUUUAGAGAGUGAAUCUCACAGGUAAUAUGCAUCUUAUAGGUAAUGUUUUAUUACAAUGAGCUUCAGUAUCAGCAUUUCCUAUUUAAGGGGAAAAUACCAAAACCUACUGCAUAGGUGACACUGAGUGGAAUGAACACUUUUUUAAAAUGGCUUC